GUAUUUUAAGCGUUUGAGAACUUUAGCUACAUCACUUCCUGCUGCUGACGUCGCCAAGGAAACAAACCAUCCUUCAGUCGUGAAAUGUGUUAUGGUUUGAUGCCUGUCAGAGGAUCACUAUGCUUCGAAGAACAAGAACAACAGCAAAGGUGUAUACAGAACCAGCGACAGAUGAUGAAUCUGAAGACAUGACGGGCCAACAAAAAGAUGACAGUGAGGAGUUAGAAGAAUGGUUACCAAAUUUAAAUGAAGGCAAAACUAAAGGAAGGCGUCAGAGGGGGACAGAUGAAACCGGCGAAAAGAAAAAAGUGAUCAAGAGGGUGGCCAAACCUAAAGAGCCAAAACCAAAAGAACCAAAACCUAAAGCAGAGAGGAAGCCCAGAGCUGCACGGGUUCCCAAAGUGAAGAAGGAGAAGACUAAUACAAAGCAACAAACUGAGGAUGCGGUUCUACCGAAGCCUGAGUUACAGCAGCAUGUGACGGUCAAAGAAGAGAGGUUGUCCAUUAACUUGAGCAGUAAUAAUGCAGGAGAUAUGCCUGAUGAGAUUCCAUCAUCUAGUCAACAUUUCCCCAAGGUGAAAAAAGAGCAGCCAGAUGACAGCUUCACCUUUGAUGAACCUGCUCAGAAGAAGCAGAAGACCACAAACUCAGCCCAGGGAAGACCGAUAAAAAUUAAAUCGGGCAAUUCCUGUGUGGAGGACUUACAGAUGAAUUGGGAUGCCAUUCAGGUUCUUGCUGAGAAGUCUGGUGUGGAGCAGUGGGUGUGUGCAAACAUUGUACAGCUCUUCCAGGAGGAGAACACUAUUCCCUUUAUGGUGCGCUAUAGAAAGGAGCUGAUCAACCAUAUGGAUGCUGAUGCUGUUCGAGAUGUGCAGCUGACUCUUGAAGAGUUACGGUCAGUGGCAAAGAAGAGCAGAUCUGUUUCUCAGACACUAAAGAAGGAGGGGGUUCUUACUUCAGAGCUGGAAAUGGCUCUAAAGAACUGCACAACGGCUGAUGAAAUAGACCAUGUGUAUGCUCCUUAUAAAAAGGGCAGUAAGUUGUCCAAGGCCCGGCGAGCUAAGGAGCUAGGACUGGAACCUGUUGCACUGGCUCUGCUUCAGGAACCUCAGAAACUGGACCUGCAAUCCUCGAUCCAGCCCAACACUAAAGGGUUGUCGACCCUGGAUGAGGUGGCCACAGGUGUGCAGGAGAUCCUGGCAGAUAUGAUUGCAAAGGACAAAGAGACUCUCACCUAUGUACAGUCACUGUGCGACAGGAGUGCGGUGACCAUUCACUCGUCAGUGUCUAAAACAGCCCUGAAAGAACAGCAGCCACAGCAGGGCAAUCAGAAGAGUAAACCAAAGGACAUUUCCAAGUUCAGCCUGUAUGUUGACUUCACCUGUGAUGUUCAGCGCAUCCAGCACCAUCAGACGUUAGCCAUUAACCGUGGGGAGAAUCUGAAGAUUCUGACAGUGAAGGUCAACAUCCCCGACAGGGUGAAGAAUGACUUCUGUAGGUGGUGCAUCAACGUCAGGUGGAGGCCACAGGGAUUCGCACGGCCAGAAUUGAUGACGAUUCUGAAGAAUGCUGUUGAAGAUUCCUACAGGAGAUUUAUUCUGCCUUUUCUCAGUCGAGGCAACAGGACUAGGUUGACUGCUAGUGCAGAAAAGGAGUCCAUCGCCAUGUUUGUUCGGAAUCUGCGUCAGCGCCUUCUGAUGUGUCCGGUGCGUGGGAGAGUCAUCAUGGGAGUGGACCCAGGGUUUCACCACGGCUGCAAAAUAGCUAUCCUGUCCCCCACCAGUCAGAUUCUGCACACAGAUGUGGUGUACCUCCAUGGUCCUGCUAAACACAAAGAAGCAGAAAAACUGCGCCAUCUUAUGUUCAAACUUAGCUGUCAAACAAUUGUAAUAGGAAAUGGCAAAGCAUGCAGGGAGACUGAGGCCUUCUUUACAGACCUAAUUAAACAGCAUUUCUUCAAGCCCCUCGAUGUGUCCUACUGUAUAACAGAUGAAGCAGGAGCGUCCAUCUACAGUGUGAGUCCAGAGGCUGUUAAAGAGAUGCCUGACAUGGAUCCCAACUUAAGGAGUGCAGUGUCCAUUGGGAGGCGUGUUCAGGACCCUUUAGCGGAGCUCAUUAAGAUCGACCCCAAACACAUUGGUAUCGGAACUUAUCAGCACGACGUGUCACAGAGUUUGCUAAGGGCAGCGCUGGAUGGGGUGGUGCAGGAGUGUGUGAGCUUCGUGGGAGUGGACAUCAACAUCUGUUCAGAGACGCUGAUGAGGCACAUAGCAGGUCUGAACGCAGGGCGAGCACGCAGUAUUAUGGACUGGAAAGAAAAGAACGGGCGUUUUCUCAACAGAGAGCAGCUGAAACUGGUCAAAGGCCUCGGUCCUAAGAGCUUCCAGCAGUGUGCUGGUUUCAUCAGGAUCAACCCCGAGACAGUACGCAGCAGUGUCUGUUCUGGAGGGAACGAAGACCUCAAGGUUCCUCUGAAACAGACAGCUGAGAAGAAAAAAGUCAAAGGCUCUGGGAGCACCUCUAACCAGUUUAACCCACUGGACCAAACCUGCAUCCAUCCCGAAUCCUACAGCAUCGCCUUGAGGUUCUUGUCUCAAAUAGGGGGCAGUUUGGAUCAGAUGGGCAGUGCUGCGCUCAGGCAGAGUAUUGAGAGCAGUGUUAAGAGCAGAGGUCUAGAUGUCUUGGCCAAAUCUCUGGACACCACACCUGAGACUCUUCAGCUCAUUGUGGAUGGGCUCACUCAGCCACCUGGCUUUGACAUUCGUCAGGAUUUUGAGCAGGCAGAUUUCAAGCGGGAAAUUGUGUCCAUGAAUGACCUACACGAUGGAAUGGUGGUAACUGGCCGUGUAACAAACACUGCUUUAUUUGGAGCUUUUGUGGACAUUGGAGUCGGACGUUCUGGUCUCAUCCCAAAGCGUUUCAUCACUCCGGAUAAGCUUCCUUUUGACCAGCGGCAAAGAAGCCUAGCUCUUGGCCCAGGUGAGCGGGUAGAGGUACGGGUCAUAAAUGUGGAUCUUCAGAGGAAUCGGAUCACUCUGGACCUCAUUAGAGUUCUCAGAUAAAAACUAUUAAUUGAAGGUUUGCUGUAGUCAAGUCUAGUUUUCAACGCUACUUUCAUGUCACAUGUAAAAAAAAAAAAAAAAUGUCCUUUGUUCUUGUUCAAAGAUACUGUUUUUUUUUCUGUUCUACAUUUGACCUGCUGUUACUGUAGUUUUCAAAACUUCAAUAAAAUAGAUAACUUGCUCUGUGAAACUUGACAGGAUUAUAAUUGAAAUAAAUGUCUUCAUCUUUCCAAAUAUGAAGAUUCUUGUUACAAGUGAUGCUCUUCCUAAAAUAUUGUCAGUUAUAUAUUCUCAGCAAAUUAUUAAAAUACCAUCUGGAGAAUAUUUACUUAAUUUAGGCAUAUUAAGAUGACAGUUGUUAAGUUGGUAAAAAAUAGAGUUAAACAUUAAGUUAACAUUAUCCUUGAAAUACAGUUUUUGUUCAUUAUAAAAAUACAAUCUAUUUUUCAAUAUCUUUCAUACCUUUGCAACCCCCAAUUAAAAAACUUGUGGUAUAAUUAAUGGAUGCAAUUAUAUGCAAAACUGAAUGCAGUAAAUAAUAUUAUUACUUAAAAUAAUAAUACUUAAAUAAGAAACUUGUUCUUUUUACAUUUCUGUUUCUGUGACCCACUGUUACUGUAGUUUUAUUCCAGUACAGCAUAAUUAUGAUGCCUGAAGAGGGCGUUUCAGAGGCCUGUGAUCCAGACACUAACUGGAUGCUGUUGCUAUGGACCACUCAGGAUGCAGUAGCAGAUGUUAAGCUACCAAACUCAGGCCUGUUUGAUUGACAGCCACUUAUCAGGCAAAGAAUGGGGGGCUUGUAAAAGCAGCUGCCACACUGCAAUAUGACUAGAGGCCGUGGGGAAAAAACGAAACCUAAUUAUCCUAGACUAGCCACGUGCUAAUGAGCCACUUCAAAAUUAAUCCCACACUCCCUCGUCUCUAUUAUCUAAUCUGUUUGUGUUUAUAUGACACAAAUUAAAAAAAUUGAUAAAUAAGAAACCUGAGGUGCCCUGAGCACUUAAAACAAACCACAGGGACCGAAUUCCAAAUGAGUGUGUGAUAUUUGCAUUGGGGACGUUGCUUUGUGUUACAGAGAAGUUUCAUCAGAACUCAGCUGCAGCGGAAGGAUUGAAGCUUCAUUGUAUGAUCAGUUUCCUGCCAUUGAUCAAGCCCCACCUAUUCAGCUGAUGGGCCAGAGGAGAAACUCGAUCACCUAACAAGAAAGAAGCAGAGGAGAGAGGAAGGAGAAAUUGAGAGAAAUGACUAUUAUUAAGCACCACUGCAGUAAAUUGGUGGCACCUUAAAUGCUGAAACCAACGGAUACGUCUCGCACCCAGUGAAAUAUGAAGUUGGGUCUCAGUAGCCCAUGUCCUUCUGAGGAGUCUUGUGGUGUCCUUGUCACAACGGCACUGACAAAUGAUCAGGCUCAAAUAACAGCACACUGCCGCUGUCUGUUCCACAGAGACAUGUAAACAAUAUUUUGAUGAAACUAAAUUAAGCAUGUAAACGUUUCUCUCCAGAACCACAGCAGACCAACACGCUAUUCUACCUGUCACUUCAGUUGCCUAAAUUUCACAUUUCUUUUGCUUUGUCUAUAACUUUUGAAUUAUGUAGCCAGAGAGUAUGUGAAGCAGUGAACGGAAUCAAGCUUACGUCAUAAAAUGUAUGUAGAUGGGAAAACUGCGCCAAUUUGAAUCUUAAAAAAAUAUAGUGUUUAUGAAUAUAAAAUAUGAACAUAUAAUUGUUUAUGAUUUUAUAUUUUUAUGUAUUUUCUGUAAUAGGUUUAUUAGAUUAUAUAGAUUCAAUUAAAUUUUACUGUA